AUGUCUGUCCACGCAAACGGCAAGACUCCUUCGCACCCCUUCAGCGACUCGCCAUUCCGAACUCGUGCCGAUUUCCAACAAGCAUGCUGUGCUCUUCUGAACCCCUUGCUUCCCCUCUUUACCCCGGGUUGCAGUCGUGUCAAGGUCGGCUCAUCUACGACUCGAUUCGAUGAGGGUGGUGCCCAGAUUGAGGGCUAUGCUCGUCCACUGUGGGGUUUAGCAGCUCUCCUUGCGGGGAACUAUGAUUAUCAAGAAGCGGCGCGAUGGAGAGAGGGAAUUAUCAAUGGCACUGAUCCAGAGAGUCCUGAAUAUUUUGGUGAUAUUGAGGAUCUUGAUCAACGCAUGGUGGAAAUGUGCCCGAUCGGCUUCACGCUCGCGGUGGCACCUCAUGUUUUCUGGGAUCCACUCACCGAUAAACAAAAGGAUAAUGUGACUAGGUGGCUGAAUAGUAUCAAUGCACGCGAGAUGCCUAAUACUAACUGGCUUUGGUUCCGAGUCUUUGCCAACCUUGGAUUGCGAAAGAACGGCGCUGAGUAUUCACUGUCACGUAUCGAAGCUGACAUGGAUCAUCUGGAUACUUUCCAUGUCGGUGGCGGUUGGAGUAAUGAUGGUCCCAAAAGCCAUCAUCAGAUGGAUUACUACUCUGGGUCGUUUGCAAUCCAAUUCUUACAACUUUUAUAUUCAAAGCUUGCUGGCGAUUUUGAUCUCGAUCGAGCUGAAAGAUAUCGCCAACGAGCUAAGGAGUUUGCGAAAGACUUUGUUCACUACUUCAACCCCGACGGUCGGGCUAUUCCGUUUGGCCGCUCUCUAACCUACCGUUUCGCCAUGGUGGGUUUCUGGGGUGCUCUGGGUUUCGCAGAUGUCCAAUUGCCAGCACCCUUGACCUGGGGUGUCGUGAAAGGCAUCCUACUUCGCAACUUCCGUUGGUGGGCUACCCAGCGAGACAUCUUCAACAAUGACGGCACUUUGAACCUUGGAUACUGCUACGCGAACUCGUACUUGACGGAGAAUUACAACUCGCCUGGUUCCCCAUAUUGGUGCUGUCUUUCUUUCAUUCCACUGGCACUGCCAGAGACGCACCCCUUCUGGGCUUCAGAGGAAGAACCCUACCCAACAGACUCCAUCCCUGAGGUUAUUGCGCUGAAAUACCCGAAACAUAUCGCCAUUCGUCGGGGAGGACACUCCUUCCUGCUAUCCUCUGGACAAGCGUGCCAUUACCCAAUGAAAGCAACGCAUGCCAAGUAUGGCAAAUUCGCGUAUAGCUCUGCAUUCGGGUAUUCCGUUCCCACUGGUGGUUACCAGCUGGAACAAUAUGCCCCUGAUAGCAUGAUCGCAUUGUCAGACGAUGGCGAGUUUUGGAAGACGCGGCGACUAGUGGAAGAUGCGCAUUUCGAGGAGCCUGGCCAGGAUGGCUUGCCUGUUCUCGUUUCCAAGUGGAAACCUUGGCCUGAUGUCGAUAUCGACACGAUUCUGAUUCCGCCAGCAUCUGAGACUCCAAAUUGGCAUCUGCGUGUGCACCGUGUGCGCAGUGGUCGAGCUCUCCAGAGCUCGGAGGGUGCAUUUGCAAUCUAUGGAUGUCGCAGCGAUAAUGGUCGUACCCUGGGCCCAAUGGAGGGUGAUUCAGAGGAAGGGACGAUCAGUGGUUCAGGAAAUGCGUUCGUCGCUUCGUCAGCGGGGGCUGUCGGUAUUGUCGAGCUCCAUGCCACGGGUCUGCGGGAUGGCAAGAUUGUCCUCGCUGACCCGAACUCGAACAUUAUCCACGGGCGUACACUCUUGCCAUCCUUGAGUAUGGACUUGGCACCUGGGCAGGAUACCUGGUUUGUAACCGCUGUACUUGCAUUGCCAGGAACUACCAAUGACUGGCGUGCUAUGUGGGAGCAAAAGCCAGCUAUUCCGGGAUGGUUGGCCAAGCGAAUGGAAGAAUCCUCUUAA